AAUUAUUAAAGUGCCUACGCAGAACUGCACUGGCCAAGUCACCGCCGUCCACUAAAGGAAUAUCGGGACGGGCCCCUACUUAGUACGGAAAGUAAGUUUUGUGAGUGGGGGGCCUAGAUAUAUGUGAUCGAUACACGAGUUUAUGCUGUUGUGCACAAAUUCUGGGGUCCCAUGCUCGAUCCACUCACAAAACUUUUGAACAUUACCUCCGUAGACGAGCCAUUCUCGAUGGGACUACAGUACAUGCAGACCGGGCCCAAAUGAAACCGACGAUGCUCAAAGCUCCUCUAUCGGCGCAUUCCUCCGGGGAAGAUGCCUGGGCAGUUAGUGAUGGAAAGUAAGACAUAUAUUUAACCAGCACAUCCAAUUUGUCUCCUUAUGAAGCGUCUAUCGUCCUCUGUGUCACAUCGUCCUCGAUCUUGUUUGUCUCUUCCCAUAUCUUCUUGCUCAUCCCGCAUCUUUCUUCGUGGCCGCUGGCCCUUCCCUAAAACUCUAUUUUACUCUACCUUGUGGUUUAAUCCCCACCACAGAUCUGCAGUCGUCUAGAAGGUCGACUCACACCCUUUCAACAUGUUUGUCGAUGCUCUCAAGGACUUCGCGGCUGAGUCCCCCGCCGCAGCAAGUCUUGCCGGCGUUCUUCUCGUCGUCUCUCUCAUAUACUACUUCGUCCAGCGCCCGCAGCGGCUUAACUUCCCUGUUGUCGAGUUGGGCGAUGACUUGGGCUAUGAUCGAGCUCUUGAUGAGGGCUUCUCAAAGUAUCCCGAUUCGCCGUUUGUCCUCCCAACCAACCCGCCGGUGGUUAUUCUGCCACACGCAUGCGUGAAUGAAAUCAAGUCCCUACCAGAGAACAAAGUGUCGUUCAAGAAAGACGUCCAGCAUAUGUUUACUUGCAAGGUAACUGGCAUUGGCGCAGAAUCACAUGAGCUCCUCUCCGCCGUUAAGAUCGACCUCACCAGGCACCUCGCCAGCGUCCUCGAUGGACUCCAGGAUGAGACCCGCUAUGCUAUCAACUCCGAAUUUGGCCGAUGCGAAGACUGGACGCCCCAGCCCGUGUACUUCAAGCUCACCCGGAUAGUCGCGCUUCUCAGCGGCCGCGUCUUCGUUGGUCGGCCUCUGAGCCGCGAUGAAGCGUGGCUGAAAGCAACGAUCAACUACACGUGGGCUUGCAUCCGGGCCUCCGAUGCCUGCAAGAGAUAUAGCCCAUACCUCCGCAACAUCGUUGGCCCCUACCUAAAGGAAGUUAAGGACUUGAAAAAGCACCGACAGGAUGGUGCGGACCUGUUGCGGCCUCUCCUGAAUGACCUCCUUGAGAGAGAGGCCAGUGAGAAGCCCGGUUCAGGCGGGUUCGACGAUCAGCAGGGCACGUUCUGCUCGUGGGUUCUCAAAUACACUGUUGAGAAGGACCGGGCGAGCGCACUGAACUUGGCCAACUCCCAGAUGACCCUAUCAUUCGCAGCUAUCCACACCAGCUCCAUGGCACUCUCGCAGGUAGUCUUCGAUCUUGCUGCACGUCCUGAGUAUAUCAAGGGUCUCCGCGAGGAGAUUAAAGAGGUCCUCGCCGAAGACGGCUACGACAUCGAUGGCGAUGGAUUCACGAGGCUAAAGAAGUCCUCCUACACGAAGCUCCGCAAGCUCGACAGCUUCCUCAAAGAAAGCCAAAGACUCUCACCUCCCAGCAUCAUCUCCAUGCAGCGCAUGACAACCGCCCCUGUUACCCUCUCCACCGGCCACACCAUCCCCACCAACACCCGCCUCGCCUUCGCCUCCCAAGCCAUCCACCGUUCCACCCGGACCACCACCUUCUCACCUGAAUACAACCCUGCCUCCUACGCCCCGCCCUCCGUCUUCGACGGCCUGCGUUUCUACAAGCUGCGCGAGAUGCCUGGCAAGGAGAACCGCCACCAGUUCGUCACAACAGGCGAGGAUAAUUUGUCCUUCGGACACGGGACCCAUGCGUGUCCUGGGAGGUUCUUUGCUAGUAAUGAGAUUAAGGUUGUGCUCAUUGAGUUUUUGAGGAAUUGGGAUGUGAGGUUGAAGGGGGAUACGGAGAGGAAGGGGGGAGAUAGGCCGUCGAACUUGAUUAAGGAUAGUGCGUGUGUGCCAAAUAUGGAGGCGGUGUUGGAGUUUAGGAGGUUGAAGAGCGAGGAGUGCGUGUAGGCGGGGGAUGUUUGGAUAAGUUUGGAUUUGGUAAAAGGAUGGCUUGAUGGGGAAUGGUUUGUACCGCGCGAUUUACGUAGGGAUGGAGAUAUGGGAAUCUACGUAUGUCGAAGCUGAUCUACUUAGCAUUUCUAUUUAAACGAUGCAACGAAAUUGAUGGAAGUUUUCCGCACAG